UCUUACCGACUCGUCGCUGUCAAAGUAGUCUGCUGCGCCACUUGCUCCCUCUUUCCCAUGCAGUACCGGCCAUCACUUUCUUGAUGUUGAGGACACGGCGGUGCAGCUACGGUAGGGCUCCCGCUUCUCGCUCGUCUUUCCUUACCUCCAUAGCCAACGAGUCCCAGCUGCGGGCUCGUGGUGCAGAGGCGCCGUCACCCUUUCUCUUUCUUUGCCUUAGGGCCGUCGUCGGCGUAAUCUCGGAACCAUGAGGUUGAUUAGGUCUUCCCAGACCCUUGAGAUCCCGGAAGGGGUCAAGCUAGAGAUCAAGGCGAAGAAGGUCAGGGUGACUGGCCCGCGUGGCACGUUGUAUCGGGACUUCAAGCAUCUGAACCUCGAUCUUGCCAUCAUAGAGGAUGGCAAACGUCUGAGAGUGGACGCGUGGUUCGGGAACAGGAAAACAAUCGCUUCUAUCCGUACCUGUUGCACUCACAUCAACAAUCUCUUCACAGGCGUGCUCAAGGGCUACCGGUACAAGAUGCGUUUCGUGUACGCUCACUUUCCCAUCAACGCAGUCAUCGGCGACGACAGCACAUCGAUCGAGAUCCGUAACUUUCUAGGCGAGAAGAAGGUGCGGAAGGUCAGCAUGCUUCCCGGCGUGACUAUCACGAGAUCGGAGAAGGUGAAGGACGAGAUCGUUGUGGACGGCAGCGAUGUGGAACUCGUGUCGAGGUCCUGCGCACUUAUCAACCAAGUGUGCCAUGUCAAGGAGAAAGAUAUCCGUAAGUUUCUUGAUGGCAUUUACGUGAGCGAGAAGGGCACAAUAGCCGAGGAGUGAGGUGGAAGGUGGUGCUGGUAGCCAGUUCGUCAGUUGCCUCUCGGGCUUCGAUUGCGUUUCGGGUGCUGCUGCUGCUGCUGAUGAUGCUUCUUGUCUGUCUUAGCGGCGAUUGUGAGGGGAGUCUUUGUAAGUGAGGUCAUUUGUUCGACGAGAGGAGGUUGCGGCGGCGAGGAGGAUGUAUUUUUUCAUCCUUGUUCCUGCGAAUGAAUUUUGUACCUGGAGGUUAUUGGUGUGAAUGGCCACAUUUGUCUGUUCUUCAUUGAGAGAAGAAGAAUGAUGGAGAUCAUCUCUGAUUAUAAAUGAGCUUUUGGUUGUCAAUUGCGCUCAGUGGUCUUAAUGACACGAGGGGCUUGUUCUUGUGGGCUAAUUACUUCUUUGGGGAUGAAUAUGCUUGUGUCAGUGUGUCGCUUGGUGGUUGUGUCUGCCUUGUGGAAUGUGAAAUGAUGUCAGGUGGUCAGUGUGUAAUCACACUUAAGAAAAAUAUAUUCAUGGAAGGUGUUUCAUUGCAACCAGAAUAUGCUGAAACGAGAACUGGUAGUCAUCGUGAUAGUCUUUGUGGGAAAUUGAUGGGGCGGACGGGGCUGGUGAGGUAGUUAGAGCGGGAACGCAAGGGUCAUCAUGGAGGGAUUGGCUGGGAAGGAAGAGAAAAGAAGCGAUGUAGUUGCUAGGCGGUAGAUACCGUCGGAGAGGGUGCAGGGACCGUUCCGGUCAGGGGGUGUGUGCAAGAGAGAAAAGCGGGGAGGAGGGAACGGGUGGAGGACGACGGGGAGAGGGGCAGAAGGGAGUGGAAGGGAGCUGAGUGGGGAUGGAGAGGAAAGGCUGGCAGGGAAGAACGGGGACGAGAUCCGAUAUCCAGGGGGUGAAACUGACGGGAAGAUUACAAGAUGAAAAUUACGGAGACGCAGCAUAUGAAGGGGUCCCGGGAGGAGAUCUGGAGGGGCAGGACGACAGCUGCACUGAGGCAAGCAAGGAACGCAAGAGGUCUCGAAGCGCCGGCUAGAUCUGGGUGCAGAGCACGGUAAUGAGGUGGGCGGUGAGAGUAGGGAUGAUGUCGUGAAGGAUGGGAGUAACAGAAAAAUGAGUUCUCGAGAGGGGAGAUGACGUGGGCAGAUACGCAAACUAGGGUUAAAAAAACGCGAGGGGAUGAAAUGAGAUGGAGGCAGAUUAGGGUUGAAUGGAGACUCAAAGUCGGUGGCAGGCCUUUUCGGGAGGAGAAAGGAUGAGAGAUUACUGUGUAAGGAGCGCGGUUCGGAAAGGGAAGGGAGGGGAGGUCAGGAGCCGUGGCCUCAAGAGAGGACUCGAAAUGGUGGUUGCUUACGGACACAAUGAGAGCAUGAACCUUCAGGCCACGAAACAAGGAGGAUAGAGAAGGCAAGCCUUGAGAUUACAGUACUAAGUGGAUGUAAAAGGCAGGAGGUGGUGAGGAGGGAAUGAACUGGGAGAGUGGGAGAGAGGCAGAGAGAGACGACGUGAGUGCGGAGCCCAGAGAGCAGGGGGUGUCGAGGGUAACGAACGGACAGGGGGAUUGACAAGGAGAGCAUCGAGCGGAAGUGUGGGACCGAAGGUAAAUGGCAGGCGAGUUGCGGGGGGRRKGARWGAGAGAGAGAGAGAGAGAGAGAGAGAGAGAGAGAGAGAGAGAGAGAGAGAGAGAGAGAGAGAGAGAGAGAGAGWSWGRRWGAGGACGUCAGCUUUUUCAGAACUCGGAAGUCCGUGAACGAAGAAGAAUAUCUGUCUAUGUAUUCGGUCUGCAUGGCAAUUUGGACGUCCAUGUGUUUUUGUUAUCAGGCGAAGCGGUUUCGGCUUUUAUGUCUGGACUCAGGCAGGCAGUCUGUCGAAGCCGUUUCUUCUAAUGAUAAGAACGCGCUGCAGCUCGUCCUAUAUAUGUGAAACCGAGUUUUGGUUGUUCUUUUCUGCUGCUUGUGUUCAUUUCCACAUCGUCCUACAUAUGUGAAAACGAG